CAAUCCAAUCCAAUGGCGCCCAGGAAAAUGAGGUCAAUUCACCUUUUAAAUCCUGUUUGCUUCUGUCUCAUCUUGUCCACAGAAUUCCUGCUAAAACUCGUCUCUUGCCUAGAAUUGCUUAACUCAAGUCAGAUGAUGAUGACUGUGUGUGUGUGUGUGUGUGUGUGUGUGUGUGUGUGUGUGUGCGCGUGUGCGCCUUUGCCACAGAUGACACUUCAUUCAGCAUGACCCUCUUUAAACUAUAUUUAGGAGCCUCACUAAAGGUGAUUCUAACCACAGGAGAAGUAGUUUAUGCUUUUAUGUUUGUGCUGUAUUUCCUGUUCUAAGCAUCAGAACAGAGUAUAAAUACAGCAGCCUCCUUGAGAAUUACAUAAAAGAUGAUCACCUGAGUUAUUUUUAGUUUUGACAGGUUGUCUUGUCUUCACGGGUUGUUUCAUUCUUGCUAAAUGUUUUUUUAUUUUGCUCUGGCAGAACGCUGCCUCCAUUUGUAGCCCGUUAGACUUUAACCGAUGCAACCUAGAUUAAUAAUUUCGGACCGAAGGUAACUCAACACUAUACAUGCCUGGGAGCUUAUUUACUUGCUCUUGUUGUGUCCACAUUGCACUUAGUAUAUAUGGAAACGGAAGAUGGGAACUUUAUUGAUUUUAGAAUAUAAUUAUCCUUCAAAAAUCAAACAUUUGGAUGCUUAUCAUGAGACAUUCUGAUUUGCAUCAAAGCUGGAUAAUGGUCACCUCAGCUAUGCGUUCAUGUUGAAGCCUUUUGUGUUAGGUCGGUAUCAUUUGGGUCUCCAUGGAGGGCUUUAUUGUAGGUGGUAACUUGUUUGAGUAAUUGGAACCAUAUGCAACAGAGUGAAAGGCAGUAAUGCAAAUAAACAGGAAGACAGAGAAGAGUUGUUUGUUCAAAAGCCGUGUCACCAAGAUGUCCGUUCCCAGUGAGUAGCUACAGCAGUUAAGAAAUGUGAGGGAAGAAUGUCGGUGUUAAUGCCGUCUCCAUCAGGUUCACACUCGAGCACAGUCACGCACACACAUGUUGCAGUGGUCUGUGCCUGUAAUUAUAGACUCGGCGUCUCAGGUGGAGAAGGCCCAGGGCUGCAGAUGAAGUAGCAGAGAGGAGUUGCUGCGAGUUUAUCGUCAGGAAGUGGUGCAUGAGUUUUACUUACAGGAAACGUCUGCUGCCACAGCUGUACUUCACACAUACUGUGCUGUGGGCAUGUGUCUGCGUUUCAUGUCCCUGCUGGAAAAAAGCAUUGAGAUGUGGUAGAUGUGUCCUGUGGGAGCGGUGCUUUUUAAACAGUGCUUUUAUUGUUGCAGUAUGAUAUUUAUGUAAAAGACUAUCGUAGAGCCUGUAGUUUCUAUAAAUAACCCCCCUUCAGUAAAUAUUGACGGAGAGAUUGUGAGCUUCUAUUGUAUACCAAAUGUUUCUGAUAAUAAGAAAUGUCCUAAGUAAUUACAAAUGUUGCUAAUGUUGACAUCAACAUGAGCAGUUUUCAAAAUGAUCUUGCUCUGACUUAAAAAUUGUAAUUAAGAAACAACUACUUUUUAUUCUACACUUGUGUUUAGAGCUGCAACGAUGAGUCAAUCGACAGGAAAUUAAUCUGCAGUUAUUCUAGUAAUCCACUGUUGGUUCCAGGUUCUCAAAUGUGAGAAUUCGCUGCCUUUCCUUGUCUUACAUUAAAGUAAAUUUAAUUAAUUUGGCCUUUGGACUGUUAGUCGGACAAAGCCAGACAUUUGAGGAAGUCAGCUGGGUCUGCAAAUAAAUGUGAUCACUGUUUUCUGAUGUUUUUAUAGACGAAACCAUUAAUCCAGUUGAUGGAGAAGAUGGUCGGCAGAUGAAUCUAUUGUUAGUUUGGUCUAAAAUAAUACAUGGCGUUUCAUUACGCUGAACUGCGUACACUUGCCAUAGUGCGAUACUUAUCAACAGCAAGACAUUCUUAUUAAUAUCUAAUUUUAACUUGUGUCACAUCUAGUUUUUCUUGUUUGAUUGAGGUGAUACUCAACAGUUAUUCCAUCCCAAAGUUCCAAAUGCUCGCUAUGUGUUUUAGCCGUGUGUUUCCAUUAGACUCUUGCGUCCUGAAACUAAAGACAGGCACACCUCCUGAGGCAGUGUGUGAGAAUGACACAUCGCUGUGGGUGGGCUGUUCAGUGCAGAGCAGUUGUGAAAAAGGAAAGAUGCGGCGAGCCGCAGAAAACACAUUGAGGAAGUUAGUUAUGUCUCAGUGUACUCGGUGACGAGGAAGUCCUAACACAUUUAAACAUCUAGAUUAUAUUUAGGAGACCAUGAGGAGGAGACUUCCCACAGCACAGAAGAGGUAGAAGACUAUAAAUGUUAACAACAAAGGCAUCAAGGACUUUGUAACCCUUUUGAUAAUUUACAGUAAUCCUAUCCCCUCGACCCAGUUAUCUACAGGCAGGAAGUUCCAAAUGGUUCUACUUUAACCUCCUCUUUCACAGUUAACCAACGAACCCAGAGACCGUCAUCCUCCACUAUGGCGAGCCAGGACCCUGCCGACCCUUCGCAUGCUACAUUUGACCUCUUCGUCCAAGCCCAGAGUUGUAAGGAUGUGAAGCAACACUUUGCUGCACUCUACCAGCAACUGGACAUCGAUCCUAAGGAUUUCAGGAGCUUCUACAUCAAAUUAAAGGAGAGACUGAACUACUGGAAGGCCAAAGAACUGUGGAAGAAGCUGGACAAAAGGGCAUCUCACCCGGAUUACAAGCAAGGAAAAGCCUGCACCAAAAACAAGUGUCUUGUGUUGGGUGCUGGGCCAUGUGGGCUGAGAACGGCCAUCGAACUGUCCCUGCUGGGGGCUCAGGUGGUGGUGUUGGAGAAGAGAGAGUGCUUCUCCAGGAACAAUGUUCUCCACCUGUGGCCCUACACCAUUUAUGACCUCCGCUGGCUCGGAGCCAAGAAGUUCUACGGCAAAUUCUGCACCGGAUCGCUGGAUCACAUCAGCAUCCGUCAGCUGCAGUUGAUUCUAUUGAAAGUGUGCCUUCUCCUCGGGGUGGAGGUGCACACCGGAGUGGAGUUUCAGGGCUUGAUUGAGCCCUCGGGAGAAAACGGCUGGAUGGCCAAGCUGCAGCCGGGGUCUCAUCCUGCUGCUACCUUCCAGUUUGACGUCUUCAUCUCUGCUGGAGGAGGCAGGUUUGUUCCUGAUGGUUUUAAGCAUAAGGAGCUGAGAGGCAAGCUGGCUAUCGGCAUCACAACCAACUUCAUCAACGGACACACGGCUGCAGAGGCCCAUGUAGAAGAGAUCAGCGGUGUGGCCCGCAUCUACAACCAGAAGUUCUUCCAAGAGCUGCUCACUGAGACGGGUAUUAAUUUGGAGAAUAUUGUCUACUACAAAGACGACACCCACUACUUUGUCAUGACUGCCAAGAAGAAGAGCUUGCUGAAGAAGGGGGUCAUUAAACAGGACUACAGCGAUGCAAAGGAGCUGCUGGCUCCUGCGAACGUGGAUCAUGAGGCUCUGUGCCGCUACGCCCAUGAUGCCGCUUACUUCUCCACCGGUGGCAAACUGCCUGACCUCCAGUUUGCUAAGAACCAUGCCGGCCAGCCAGACGUGGCCAUGUUCGACUUCACCUGCAUGCAGCGUGCUGAGAAUGCCUCUCUGGUCAGGGAGAGGAGGGGGAAGAAAUUGUUGAUGGGUCUUGUUGGAGAUUGCCUGGUGGAGCCUUUCUGGCCUCUGGGCACAGGUAUUGCCCGUGGGUUUCUGGCUUCUUUUGACACAGCGUGGAUGGUGAGGAGCUGGGGCAUGGGGGUCCCACAUUUCAAGGUCCUGGCUGAGCGGUGAGCCGGUUUCUUAAAACUACUAAGCAGCAAACUAUACAGACAAUCGCAUGAUGCAGCUACUUCCCCGUUUCUUACUUGCUAUAUUUGUGUUUGCAAAUUUAACAAAGUGUUACUUUCUGUUUCUCAGACACACAGUAUAAACCAGAGGUUUUACUGUUAGUACGAUAUUUAGUUUUAAGGAAACUAAAAAGAGGAUUUACUUGAACUCCUUCGCUUGAGGUAGGCACUCCGUCCCCACCUGGAGGGAGCAAUCCACCGGUUUCCG